AAAAAGGAAAUUACAACAAUGAGUUAGCCGAGAUUUCCCGAUAUAUUUCAUAAAACUUAUUAAAAAUCCAGAAUUGCAUUAUAUUCAAUCAGAAAUUGAAAUCUGUAAAAGAAUCUAAAGCACGCAGAUUUGUGUGCUCAGUCUCUCUUUCUCUAUGUAUAUAUACAUGUAUAAAUACAUGCAAAUCUCAUUAGAUAACCUAUCACCCGAAUCUUUCUUUGUAAUCUUAAAUCUAUUCAAAAGCUUCAAUUUUUAUGGUUCAAUUAGGGUUUCUCUAGCUUCUUGCUAAAGAUUUAGAGUGUGAAUUUUCUCUAGUCUCUGCUACUACUGCUGAAGCUAGCUAAUGGCUGCAAAAGGGUAGUGUGAAUUCAGCUCUUUCUGUUUUCUUUUGUUUAGCUAGGUUCCAGCUCUGUUAUUUUGCAAAAUCAAGAAUUGGGUAUAGAAAAAACUUCUAUUUGUUGUCAUUGGGUUUCUUUGAUUAGUUUUGCAAGAAAAAAGCUCAAUAAAGAAAACCCGGAAUUGAGCAAUUGAGUUAUCUGUCUAUAUAGGAAUUAAAAAUUAGAUUUUUAAUUUUGAGGUUUUUGCGUUCCGGUCUACAAUGGCCUCUUAUAGGCAGUUUCCUUCACAAUCCACACUACCACCACCACCACCACCACCACCACCACAACAGCAGCAGCAGCAGCAAAGACCUAAUCAAUACAAUCAAAUGCAAAUUCCUAACCAGCAAAAAUUCUCACAACAUUAUCCUCCACCACCACCACCGCCACCUCACCAACAAUAUCCAUAUCAACAACCACCUCCACCACCACCACCAGACUCAUCAUAUCCACCUCCACCUCCACCUCCACCAGCAUCAGGAGGAUACUACCCUUCAUCACAGUAUCCUCCUCUGCAUGGUCAUCAACCAUUGCAACAACCAAUGCAGCCACCUCCUCCACCACCUCCUUCAUCUCCUCCACCCAGCUCUUCAAUGCCGCCACCACCACCACCACCACCAAGUUCCCCACCACCACCACCUCCUCCUAAGGAAAGUGGAGGUGAAAGAGAUAAAGGAAUGUCUAGAGAAAGGAGAGAACUUGGAAAUUCAAAUCAUGGUGAUGUUUCUAGACAUGAGCAGCAGCAUAGGCCACCAGCUCCACCACCUGGUGGGAAGAAGGUGAGUGGUCCACCAUCAGGGAGAGUGGAGACUGAGGAGGAAAGGAGGUUGAGGAAGAAAAGGGAGUUUGAGAAGCAUAGACAAGAAGAGAAGCAUAGGCAACAAGUAAAAGAAUCUCAGAAUUCAAUUUUGCAAAAGACCCAGAUGCUAUCUGCUCAAAAGGGGCAUGGUUCCAUUGUUGGGUCAAGAAUGGGGGAUAGGAGAGCCCCUCCAUUAUUGGGUGGGGAGAGGAUUGAAAAUAGGUUGAAGAAGCCAACAACUUUCUUGUGCAAAUUGAAAUUCCGUAAUGAACUUCCUGAUCCAAGUGCGCAACCAAAGCUUAUGACUAUGAAGAGGGAUAAAGAUAGGUUUACAAAAUACACAAUCACAUCAUUGGAGAAAAUGUAUAAACCCCAGCUGUUCGUGGAGCCAGAUCUUGGGAUACCUCUGGACCUACUAGAUCUCAGCGUAUACAAUCGUCCUCCUGCUAGUGAGAGGCCACCUCUUGAUCCAGAGGAUGAGGAAUUAUUGCGUGAUGAUGAAGCGGUUACCCCUGUAAAAAGGGAAGGGUUAAAAAUAAAAGAGCGCCCCACUGAUAAAGGUGUCUCUUGGCUGGUCAAAACACAGUAUAUAUCCUCUCUAAGCACGGACUCAACCAAACAGUCUAUGACUGAAAAGCAAGCUAAAGAACUGCGAGAAAGGAAAGGAGGCCAUAACCUUUUGAAGAAUCUCAAUAAUAGGGAGAGUCAAAUCAAGGAAAUCGAAGCAUCAUUUGAGGCAUGCAAGCUAACUCCUGUCCAUGCAACCAACAAAAAUCUUAAGCCUGUUGAGAUUCUGCCUCUGAUACCUGAUUUUGAUCGGUAUGAAGAUAAAUUUGUUACUGUGGCAUUUGAUAAUGCUCCUACAGCUGAUUCAGAAAUCUACAGCAAGUUGGAUUCAUCUGUUCGUGAGGCCUGUGAAUCACGGGCUGUCAUGAAAGCUUGUGUGGCAACAGGGUCUGAUCCAGCUAACCCAGAAAAGUUUUUAGCAUACAUGGCCCCUUCUCCUAAUGAGCUGUCAAAGGAUAUGUAUGAUGAAAAUGAGGACAUCUCAUAUAACUGGGUUCGUGAGUAUCACUGGGAUGUUCAAGGUGAUGGUGGUAAUGACCCAACAACAUUCCUUGUUUCAUUUGAUGAAGAUGCUGCUCGUUAUGUGCCUCUUCCCACAAAGAUCAACCUAAGAAAGAAGCGAGCCAGAGAGGGAAGAUCUGGUGAUGAGGUCGAACAUUUUCCGGCUCCAUCAAGCGUUACAGUAAGGAGGAGGCCAACUGCUGCUGCAAGGGAACUAAGGGAUUCAGCGGGAGCUUCAAGUUCAAGGGGUAAUAUCCUGGAUUCAAGGAUGGGAACAGGAGAUGAUGAUGAUGGCCUCGGAAGAGUGCAUAGGGUUGCUCGAGAUGAUGAUCUUGACCAUUCAAGUGAAGCUGAAGAUGACUUGUCUGAAUGAUUGGUCCUAAAAUGCUGAUGCUCUUAUAGUUGGUGUGGCAGAAGACAGAUAGGAUUUCUUUUUUCAUCUGGAUGCUAUAAUAAACUGAGAUAGAAAUAAUCCAAUGUACAUGCCAACCGUCCAAAAUAUACAUGUUUUUCUUUUCUUUCUUUUCAGGUUAUAGCUGGUUUUAGUCGAUAUAGAUUUCCCAUAUACCAUAAAAGGCAAAAAAAGGAAUGAAGGUUAAAAGGAGUUGGACAUGGGAGAGUUCUGUUUAGUUUUAUGUAAACUUGUUACAUUUAAGUUAAUCUAUGGAAUAGUUUCUCCUUA